AUGUCUUGCCUGGUGGAAGAAUUGAGGGCGAUCAUCCUCAGGGCUUUGCCGGCAAAUGUUGAGAACACCACAGAGCUUUUGAUUGAGAGACUUUUCAAGUCGGGAGUGGAAUCCAAAGAUGAUCUCCAAUUUGUUCAAGAACAUGACCUCAGUAGCAUUCUACCAGCUAUAAAAGUCAGAAAACUUGUCAGUGCUUUCAAAAUGGAGAGGGAAACUGUCACUUUGGAUCUCACCAUCAUGGAGAACACUCCUUCCUUUAGGCCAUCUACAUCCUAUAUUAGGAAAUCAUGGCCAGACACCUUCAAAGUACCAUGGCAGCUCAUGCCUGCAGAAAUUCAGUCUGCUAUUUUCUCUGGAAAAAGGCCUUCACCAGCAGCAAGACGACAAAUGGUUAGGGUGCUUGCAGAUGAAAUGAGAAAAUCUGAGACAACCCCAACACGUGCACAGUGUCUUACCAUUUGUAAAACAAUUGUCAAUCAAUAUCCCCAGAGCUUUGCAGACCAGCUUCAUGAUGGACGAAUUAUAGGGGAAGGAUACAGCUCACUUUUGGCCCAGGUCAGGACAAGAAUUGAGAACCUCAGUCGGACCACCAGCUUCCGACAGCACCGGUUAUCAGUCCGUGGUGUUAAAAGAGGACCAACCGACACAUAUGGUUGUGUAUGGUUUCAGCUUGAUCUUCUUUUAGAGGAAACGGAUAACUCAGGUGAGAAUAAACGUGAAAAGCUGGAGGAUAUCUACUCUCGUGAAGGAACAAAGGGUGGCGAGAAAGCUGAAGUCAUACACUUGAUGGAGACAACUUUCUGCCUGCAACAAAGUCAAAUAAAUAGCAUUCCAGCACCUUCUGUUGCAGACGUAAUGAAAAAGUGGCCAUACCUUUUUCUUCAGAAAGGCCCAUUUACACAUUUUGAGCUUCUGACUGAGAUCAAUGUCCUACGUGCAUUUGAACUUUCUGUCGAAGAGUGUGGGAGGAGCAGUAGAGUUUUUAAAACCAGGCCAACUAUCUCAGAAGUUAAGGCAGUUCUUUCCAAGGAGGAAGCCAUUGAUUCAGCCCAUCUCAUUGUUCAACUCCUAAUGGCUCACUUUGCAGAGAUUCAAGAUGGGCUUAUUCUUCAAGAAAAUGUAAGUUUUUCUUUAUAUACAUUAUUAUUAGUUCUUACUAUGAACAAAUGUGUAGGAAUGGUUCAAUCAAAUUUUGUCAUACUUAUAGAAUUCAUGUCUGCCACUCCUGCUGACCUUGAGAAGACUGGUAACCUACCUGUGACUCCUCCAUUGAUCCUGCUUGCGGAUGAAACAAUGGAUGAUCAGCUUGGAGGGCAACCAACCUUUCUCUCUGGACUUGCUGCUUUGUUUUCACUGUAUUACAUCUUCAACCUGCAAUAUCAAGAGGAAGCAGCAUCCACACUGGAAUUCCUUCACAGACAAUUUGUUGGAAUAAAUCCGGAAAAAGGGACCAAGGCUGCAAAAGGAAAAGUGACAUCUAAAAAGACUGGGAAAACUCUUCAAAAGAAGACCAUGACAGUCAAUCUGAAAGUGUCAAAUCUUUUAUAAAGAUUGAUGGAC